AUGUCUCUGUCGGAGACUCCGCAUCUGACCGGUUCCCCCCGCGUCCCUUACGAGAUUUUCCUCGACACCAUUGAGUUUCUCAUUUUGGAGCAAGUGGAAGUCGCCGAGCCGAUGGACUACGUUCUCGAAUACAACAAGCAGAGUGAGGCUAAAGUUGUUGUCAGCACGGAGGGCGAGCAUCAUGACCAUUUCGAGCGACUCAACCGAUUGCGCAACCUCUUGCAUAUCGACUCCAGAAGCCGCAAAAUGAUUAGCAAAGACUUCCUUCCCAUACCAAUGGUCACUAGCAAGCGUCGCCAUGACCGAUACCCGUUCGUGGCACGGGUGUGCCCAGCCGUCGACAUCUUCACCCUGCAGGAAAGUUACGAGAUCGACUUCCUCUUCGCCGCGAUCAUGCUUCCUACCAUCACGGGUAGUGAAAUCGUCCGAAACAUCACGACCGUGCAAGGUGCAGACACCAUGUUCUUCCAAAAGAACUCCGAAGGCUAUGUCGACGCGCUCGCUUCCCUCCCCAACCUCCGGAAGAUCAUCAUCCCCGCUGGCGCUUAUCGAAUGAAGGAAGAAGAGGACAGAUGCAGAUGUUCUCGCUCGGAAUCCCACCCAGAGUUCAUAAAGAUUGAUGAGGAUCACUUUCCAUGGCUAGCGGAGUGGGAAAAGAACCACGGCCACAUUGCGCGGAAGCUUGGCCCUCAGUUCAAGAAACGGAAGAUUUCCAUUUUCGCCGGGUCCAUGGCUCGUGAUAUGUUUGAGUUGGAGCUGGAUAUUACAGAGGAGGCCAUUCGCGUCAAGUCCAGCUGCCGGAACUGCGACUGCUGCGACUGCUGGGUGAAGGAGGUCUGUCUAGGAAUGCCUCGGGAGCAGCGCAUUGCCGAGUUCCUGAGGAUUUCCCGAAGAAUUACCUGA